UUCCUCUACGUAGGAUGCCUAUAAAUAAUGGGGAGUUUGAGAGCCUUAACAUCACGCAAAUAUCAAUCACUUAAAAAACUCAAGCUAUAGUCUUGUUUCUAAAGUUAGCUCAAGAUGAAGACGGCAUUUGCUCUCUUUACCCUUUCAUCACUUCUCCUGUUUUCAGGCACUGUUCUUGCAAGGAAAGAUCCGGGAGACUACUGGAAGAAUGUAAUGGAGAUCGAAUCCAUGCCGGAGGUGAUUCAAAUCCUUGUCAAUGGUAAAUUAAGAAAUAAUGGUGACAAUUUUGUCAAGCAUUUGGAUAGAGACAAUAUGCGCGGAAGUGCUGAUCAGCCUAAAGAUAAGGACUUAAAUGUAGAUAAAUGGUCCAACUCUGCUAUAAUUUAUGGGGGAUCUGAUCGAUCUCAAAUUAAAGACUUAAAUGUGGACAAAUGGUCCAACUCUGCUAUAAUUUAUGGACGAUUUGAUCGACCUCAAAUUAAGGACUUAAAUGUCGACAAUUGGUCCAACUCUGCUAUAAUUUAUAGGGGAUCUGAUCGACCUCAAAUUAAAGACUUAAAUGUAGACAAAUGGUCCAACUCUGCUAUAAUUUAUGGGGAAUCUGAUCGACCUCAAAUUGGAAAUUCUGAGCUCAAAGACAAGUCCAGUAAUAAGGAUUUAAAUGUAGACAAAUGGUCUAACUCCGCCAUAUUUUAUUGGGGAUAUGACCGACCUCAAAUUUAAGUCUUGUAUUCUCAACCUAAUACGUUCGGGUCUUUCGGGUCUUUCCCUAGGGAGAAAAAAAAAAAAAAAAACCAUUGCUUUGCAUUGUUUGUUGGAGUUUGGCCUCUUCUAAUGAGGUAGUUUUGGGUCUUGUAUGCUGUAACAUAUCUAUGUACCUGUAUGUGUGCGCCUAAUAAAUGGUGAAUAAUCAAAUAAAUUAUGUUUGCUCAAAAGAA